UACACCACACUGAUAAAACGAGAAAAUUAACUACUUCAGGGAGAUUUAAUUAGUUUAAUUAAACCAUUUCGAACGGGGUUUGAACAAAGACCAGCAGUGGGUCACCCACCCCGAGAUAUAUAUUUAAUUCGUCCCGUUGCAUGAAGCGGUUAAUUGGAAAUUAAAAUACCACGUGCAUAUCAAUUAGGUUCCGAGUGCAGCCCGCCUCUCCGGUACUAUAAAACGACUCGGUUGCGCGCUUGGAAAGCAGGUGGUUCUGUUGCGCGCUUUAGUUGGUAACGAUGGGUCUCGUAGUAAGGGCUAAGUUUGUGCUUUCAGCGCUGUUCGUGUUUGACUUGCUCAGCGGCGGGCUCGGCUCUUCCUCGCUCGGUUCUAAGCUGUUCAGCGAAGCCGGUAGCGCCGUUGUGAAUUACCCGAGCCCCUCUUCAAAACUCCAGCAACUCAAAGCGAUCCUCCCGCAGACCGUCGCGGCGCAGUGCGGGGAGUCCAGAGUGGUGGUGACGGUGAAGCGGGAUCUGUUCGGGAUCGGCCAGCUGAUCAAGACCUCUGAUGUCCGCUUGGGAAGCUGCGGGGUCACCCGGCUGGACAAUGCGACGCAGAGCAUGGUCUUCGAUGUUCAGCUCCAGGAGUGCGGCAGUACUCUGAGGAUGGUCCAGGACAAGCUAGUUUACAGUUUCAUCUUAAACUACACCCCGACCCCGAAUUCUAACCUGCCCAUCGUGAGAACCAACGGGGCGCAGGUCAGCAUCGAGUGCCGCUAUUUGAGGCUGCAGAAUGUGAGCAGCAAUGCUCUGAAACCCACAUGGGUCCCCUUUACCUCCACCAAGCUAGCAGAGGCUGCCCUGGACUUCUCCCUGAGGCUGAUGACCAAUGACUGGGUCACCCAGAGAACUUCCAAUGUCUACUCCCUGGGGGAUGUCCUGAACAUUGAAGCCUCUGUCAAUGGGGUCAACCACAUGCCCCUCCGGCUCUUUGUGGACAACUGUGUGGCCACCAUGGUCCCCGACAAGAACGCCAGCCCCAGAUACGUCUUCAUUGACAACAGCGGCUGCUUGGUUGAUUCAAAAUUGUCUGCUUCCGGGUCCCGCUUCGUCUCUCCCAGGGUGCAGAACACGAAGCUGCAGAUGAAGCUUGAUGCCUUCAGGUUCUACUCUGAUGCCAGGAGCACCAUCUACAUCACCUGUCACCUGAAAGUGGCAUCUGGGUCCCAGAACGUGGACUCUGUGAACAAGGCCUGCUCUUUCACUGCCAGCUCUGGCAGGUGGAGCUCUGUGGAUGGGAGUGAUCAGGUGUGCAGCUGCUGUAACACUGGGUACUGUGCUGUGGGAGGCCCUUCCAGAAAGAGACGAGGGAGCAGGGCGGCUGGCAACGUGGCUGAAAAGCCAGUGCUGGAAUGGGAAGGUGAUAUUCGUGUCGGACCCCUGAUCGUCGUGGAAACUCUGGACGACCUCGACGUCCUGACGGAGCCAGGCUCCCAGAGUCUCGGGCUGAAAGCAGAAGAUGGAAAAUCGCAAGGCUUCCCUGUUGAGGUUCUGGUCCUGGCUGGUGUGGUCACUGCUGUGGCUCUGGGCUGUGUUGCUGCGCUGGCUGCUGUUCUGUACAGGAGAGCUGGCAAAUCCACUGCUUGAUUUUUGUGCCUGUCAAUGAGAA